AGUUCGCGCACAGCCGUCGAUCAUAUUCCAUACACUUCAAAAGCUUGGAACUCACCUUAUCGAUUCUUCUCUUCGUCUGGCAAAUGUUGCCAGCUGCGUUCGCCCAUCAAUUUAUUUCUCAUGUUCAUGUGACAACUCCAGCUCACACCUAUAGUCAUGGAGUUGGUGAUGCAGAGUCUAUCCAGAGACGCCACGAGAGUCCCAUAAGGAAUUUAAGAUUACCUCAGAUGACCCAAGCGCAUCUAGGAUACUCUCGGCAACGACCAUCUAUUCCGUUUCACGUGGAAGAUACUCCGAGAAUGUUACCAUGGCAACAAGACCUGCGGAAUGCUGAAAAAAUUCCUCUGCUACCUCCAUCUCCGUACAAAGUGGACUCGGCGGAUCCUGAAUCCCUCUGGCCUGAGGGGUUAUUUAUACCACCUCCACCUUUACAAUUUGACAUACAAAGAAGGUCGAGCCAGACUAAAAAUUCGAGGCCUUCACGUGAUGACGAUUUCUUGGACCCAUAUCUUCUUGAAGGCACCGAAGCAGUAUAUGCCAUAGAAAAAACAAAACAUCACGGAGAAUUAUACUUUCACGACGUACCUCACAUACAAUCAUUGCUGACCAACCAACAGCAUCGUGUGAAAAAUAAAUUAAAACCCCAUCGUCUUGGCAGUAUACGACAUACUUGGCCGUUCAACCGCAUUUAGUAAUGUACAAAACUUCAAUAAAUUA